GAUGACUUGGGGCGGGCACACAAACGCACAACACAAGCUGACAGCGUCGCAGCGCUGGAGAUCGAACCACGCAACCCAACCCGUGCUGCGAAUCACACCACGCCCUACCAGCUGGACCGGAGAUGGACCAGCCGCACCUCGCAGCCACCCCACGGCCCCCGAGAAGAGAACCCCGCCACCGCGGGAGCGGGACCCACCCCGCCGGUGGCUGCGUCGUAGCUGCGGCAUCCACACCCAGUCAGGCAGUCACCCACUCCCACUCCCCCGCUCGAAAACCCCCAAAACCACCCGGAGAAACAGCAGGAAGGAGAGGAAGAGAGGUGGAGGUUGCCUUUGGCUGGCUGUGGAGAGGGUGAGACGGUGGGUGGGAAAUUUCAAACUUGGCCGCCGGCGUGCUGUUCUUGGCUCCCCGGGGCGGCGCUGAGAAGGAUGGGGGUGUCCGGGAAAGGCGGUUUCUUGGCGGUGGUGGCGGUGGUGGGGAGAGGCGCUGUCCUGCUCGCGGAUGCGGCGAGGGUGGUGGAUUUCGGCGAGGUGGGCUCGCCGCCUGCGCCGUCACCGGUGGCGGACGCGCCCUAUCUCCCUGAUGUGGCGUCUCCUCCUGCAGUGCAAACUGAGGGUGGCAACCAUUACCAAAAGGAGAUCCUUGUUGCAGUCAUCUUGGCACUUGCCGCAGUCAUUGUAACGGUGGUAUCAGCAAUUUAUGCAUGGACCUUCUGGAAAAAAACUCGUCAAGCUCUGGAUUCCAAGGACAAGAAACUCUCAAGUACUACCAAGGGGCACAUGCUGUUACCCAUGUUUGGGAAACUGAAUUCAAUGAAAACGUCCAAGAAAGAAGUGGUUGCAAUGAUGGACUUUUCAGUCUUAGACUCUGCUACGGGCAAGUUCAGUGAGAAUAACAUAUUGGGAAAAGGAGGUUUUGGUUGUGUAUAUAGAGCAUGUCUUGAUAGAGGGGUUGUUGCAGCUGUUAAGAAACUUAAUUGUUGUAGACAAGAAGUAGAGAAAGAAUUUGAGAAUGAGCUGGAGUUUCUUGGAAAAAUUCGGCAUCCCAACGUGAUCUCCGUGCUAGGAUAUUGCAUUCAUGAAGACACAAGGCUGCUUGUAUAUGAGCUGAUGCAAAAUGGUUCUCUAGAAACACAAUUACAUGGACCUUCAAAUGGAUCAGCUUUAAGUUGGUACAUUCGGUUGAAAAUUGCUCUUGAUGCAGCAAGAGGAUUGGAACACCUUCAUGAGCACUGCAAUCCAUUGAUUAUUCACAGAGAUAUAAAGUCGUCCAAUAUACUUCUUGAUUCAGACUUCAAUGCAAAGAUAUCAGAUUUUGGCCUUGCAAUUUAUGGUGGGAACCACAACAAAGCUGAUUUAAAGCCUUCUGGAACUGUCGGUUAUGUUGCACCAGAGUAUCUUCUAGAUGGUCAAUUAACUGAGAAGAGUGAUGUGUAUGCUUUUGGGGUGGUUCUUCUCGAACUGUUACUUGGAAGGAAACCAGUAGAGAAGAUUGGAGAUUCUCACUGUCAAUCCAUUGUGUCAUGGGCCAUACCUCAGAUAAGUGAUAGAACGAAGCUACCAAAUAUAAUUGAUCCGGUUAUCAGAAACACCAUGGAUUUGAGGCAUCUAUAUCAGGUUGCUGCAGUAGCUGUCCUUUGUGUCCAGCCAGAGCCGAGCUAUAGACCGCUAAUCACAGAUGUUCUACAUUCUCUUGUUCCUCUUGUUCCUGUAGAGCUUGGGGGGACACUGAGGGUAGUAGAGCAACCCCGUCAAACGGGCUAACGAAAUGGGCCCUUUUCUGAACAAGUAUGAUAUAUUCGAUGGCCUGAUGAAAAUAUUUCGCGCUACGCGUUUCCAAAGAUUGUGGAAGUUUUCCCAUCAAACAGGUUGGGUGCUUGAGUAGGAUGACAACGAUGGCUGAACUAUCCUGGAGGGAAAUUUUCAUCUAAUUGCCAUUUUUGAAGACCAAAACGCUUGCCUACGAAGAGAUGACAAGCUACUGCCGACAUUUGUAGGGCAUUCUUUAAGGGUACAUCAAUCUAACAUUGAUUUCAGAGGUAGUUUUGAUUUGUUGGUGCUCUUUAACUCCUGUGUGACCAUCCUGUUAGAUUGUGGGGCCUAGUUCGGCGAUUUCGUGUAAAUUUCAUCGCCGGUAGAUUUGAUGUAAAUUCGAGUGGGUAGGCAUUCAUGAUCAUUUGUUACAGAAAACCACUUAAUAGACAAAAUUUAUUCAGAAUAUUGUAGUGUUGUUGCGAGCAGUUUAAUGUUUGAUCUGAUGAUUUAUGAGA